UGUCCGCGUGAUGCGUUCCAUUUGUAAUGAGUUCGGGAGAAUUUGUUAUUUGGGAGAGUUCAAGUAGGCUCCAGAUGAAUUCUUUGAGGCGGUUUUGGUUUUCUGGACACAGCAGAUCCCAGCCACCAACAGCAGGCACCCGGGCUUCAGCGCUGUCAACAAGUGUUGCGCUAUGGCUGCGGGGAGCUCUGCCCGGCAGCAGUGGCAGUGGCUGCCCCGUGCUCCUGGUGCCUAACGGCGCCCUGCCUCGCUUCAAGGGGUUCCUUCCUUUCUGAGCUGAACUGUUUUAGGAAAAAAAAAAUUCUUUGGUCUUUUGGAAGAUUAUAAACACUGGAAGUCAUCUGGUAGCUGAUCCCUUGAGAUAUUCCAGUGUCAGCCCAAAAUAAGCUGUGGUAUGUUCCUAAUUUAGUUCUCCCAUCUUUACGUCUUCUGCCUGCAGAGCAGGAAGUAGCUGAUGCAAAUGUUGUGUUGCUGACAGCGUUCCGUCGGGCUGCACAAGAGCUGAAGCCGCACCGAGGCGUGGGUUGGCCUCCGUUCUGGAGCUGCUGUUUGUGGCUCCCUCACACUGGGGCUGUGGGUUCGUGCGCUGCUCGGGUGAAUUCGGUGCGUGCUGUUCCUCUGAGUGCUCGCUGGAUGCUGGGGGACGCGCUGACCCCUGGAUGGUCUCUAAACAGGAAACUCCUCUUCAGGGCUUGUGGUGUAAGAUUGGCUCUGGUGCUUUUACAAAAAAAAACCCCUCAUCCCUUUGUUGCUCUGAUUGGUUUAUAAAGCAGUCUCAUUGUUGAUGAAAGCUUGCAUGCUGUGCAGUAUGCUCAAAACCAUUUUCCCAAGCCUGGGAGGAAGUAAAGAUUAGCUAAUAAAUAAACCAAAUAUGCUGGGCAGAUUAAUAGACAUUCUGCACCAGGAUGAAAUGCACGAGUGUUUGCUGCGAGUCCAUAGCUUCUGCUCCAUUGGUAAUCAAAGUUCAAUUGAAUUUAAACAAGACCUAGAUUUAAGGCCUGCGUUGCAGCCCCAGGAGGGAGGGCUUCAGCUGAACUCUGCUGCCAUCAGCGUGCCCUGGCCCUGCUGCGUGGCACAGCUCCGGAGCCUUUUCCCUUUUCUGGGCACAGAACAGCACACAGAACAGAAAUGACUCAGACGUGAUCAGUGUCUCAGCUUCCUCUUUGUGGCAGGCCGGUGAGAUCCUGCUGUAUGUACCGAGAGCUGUGAAGUCAGUUCAUCAGUUACUGACAAGUUCCUCUGCAUUCCCAACAGCCAAUAGCUAAAUCACUGUUCAGAUGCUGCCCAAGCAGGUCUAUUUGUGAUCUUUAUUUCCUUCGAUAAACAUUGGCCUCUCUGGAUUGCACAUUCUGGCUACUGAUAUUAGUUAGGCUCUUGCCUGUGGAGCUGAACCUUUUUAUUUGUAGAUUGGGUUUUUUAGAUUUUGGAAUUGUGGAUUUGUAGAUAGGGUUUGUAGAUUGAAAGAGCAUCUACAGAGCACAGGGAGGAUGAGGCAGGAUGGAUGUGUGAGGAGUGAUGGUGUAGCUGCCUGCUCUGGCACUCAGUGCUGCCUGCAUGUAGCUCUGACCUCCCCGCCCCUUUACCAAAUGACUUCUCUUCCAAGUUGCCCUAAUGCUGCCCACUAAACAGAAAUGGAAGCGAUUUCACCAUCUGCCAGGCAGUAUCAGGUCUGCAAAGCUGGCACCGACUGCUAUGGGCUCAUGGUCUCCACCAGGGAGACCCCGCUGAGGUGCAGGACAGAUGUGCCUAAUGGCAGGAAUCAGGACUUCGAGGAGCACUCUUUCUAAGGGACCUUAAUCCCUACAGGGCAUCUUGAACUUACGCUCUAUGCUCCUUGUAACAGUGCGUUUUAUUGCUGGGGCAGGAAGCUGCUGUCCAUCUGGACUUUCUGGUUGUAAUCCCUAUUUGAAUUGCUGUUUGAGACUGGGUAAUGGGGCUGAUCAGAUUAGAGCCUGGCGUGGAAUGUGGUGGGGAUCAGUGAUGCAGAAUAGUAGCUUUGUGCACCCAGCACUCUGUGAACCUGUUGUCCUUCCUGAUGUCCCCACGUUGUGUGCCUGCGUCCUGCUGUGCUCUCAAGGCUCGGGAGAGCUUCCUUAGUGGUGACUUUUGGGAAAAAAAGCCGUUCCUUAAGCUUGCAAGAGCAGGGACAGCGCCCUGCUGCUACUUGUGGACAUGGACCCGGUUCUGGAUGCAUCCUGUGCUGCAGCAGGGUGCUGUUGGUCCUGCGGUCAGGAUUUUUGCAUCGUACUGAGUUAAAAAAGAAGUAUUCAUUACUGCCAACUAGAUGGGUGACCGCCCACAAGUUUCAGGCUCUGUAAACUUGAUGCAUCUGGAAGCCCUCCAGAGACUGCUGCUGUCCACUUUGACGCAGAGUGGCCGCCCUGGCUCGCUGCUGUGCAGGGUAGGAUGCUGCUGUCUUCCUCCCGGAGCUCGCUACUACUGUGGGCGGGCAGCUGAGGGGUGAGAAUGGCCACGUUUGGUCUGUGACUAAAGCUUGUGAGCAGAAGCAAAGCAGUGUUAGAACUGCAGGUUUGGGCUCUGAGGGAGAUUUAGUCUCAGCUGGUGAGUGCAGUUGGAUAGUGCUGCCUUCCUGUUGGGCUGGGGAGAGCCUUCUUCAGGCAGGGCUGAGCUUUCGCAGGCUGCUGUGGACAGAAGGAAGCUGUGUUCUAGCCACAACGGUGAUUCACAUUGUAAAAUAUUUCGACAGAGUGGUGAUAAGAUAAAAACACAGUUGGUGGAUUGCUAUUCCCUUCCUGCAUUCCCCGGGCAUUAGUGUGCUUGGAGAGUGACUUGUCAUGCUCCUCCAUGCUGAGUCUUUACAGAGCAGAAAUUAAUGGAAAGUUUAUAUUACACUUCAGACUUUUCCAGCCUCAAGUGAUUUAUGUGCCUAAGUCACUUUCCUGUGCAAUGCUUGCAGAGUAGACGCUGCAGUUCAGAUGCCAAAGCCUUUGGUGGGAGCGUGAACAGGGGCACAUUGUUGUGGAAGCAGCUCUCCCAUCUCAGCAGCUGCAGCUGCUCGCCUCAGUGCUGCCAGGGCGGCUCGUGCCACACGCCAGUGCUGUGCAGCAGCAAUGCAGGAGCUGUAAGUGCUCUGUGGAGGCAUUCAGGGCUCCAGGAGGUCCCUGCGGAUGCAUUUGCAGAAUUGAAACCCUGAGGAGCUACAAACUCCUCCCUGGCUGAGGACAUCGCAGCUAUGGAGCGGCUGGUGGAACGGCUGGAGAAGGCUGUGGAGCGCCUGGAGACGGUGUGCCAAGGGCCUGGCAUGUGUGGAGAUGGCUCUUCCCCGGGAGUGGCUCAGUACGUGCAGGCUUUCGAUGCCAUUCUGUCAGGCCCGGUAGCUGAAUACAUCAACAUCAGCAAAGAAGUUGGCGGGGAUGUGCAGAAGCAUGCUGAGAUGGUUCAUGCAGGCUUGAUGAUUGAGAGAUCUCUUCUGGUGACAGCAUCUCAACAUCAGCAGCCAUCAGAGAAUGUGUUUUCAACGCUUCUGAAACCGAUUUCGGAGCAAAUCCAGAUGGUGCAGAAUUUAAGGGAGAAGAACCGCGGUAGCAAACAGUUCAAUCACUUAUCGGCAGUCAGUGAGAGCAUCCCAGCCCUGGGCUGGGUGGCCAUGUCUCCAAAGCCUGGUCCUUAUGUAAAGGAAAUGACUGAUGCUGCCAUGUUUUAUACCAACCGUAUCCUUAAGGAGUACAAGGAUGUAGAUAAAAAGCAGGUGGACUGGGUGAAGGCUUACCUGCGUAUCUGGACGGAGCUGCAGGCCUAUAUCAAAGAGUAUCACACCACGGGGCUGACUUGGAGCAAAACGGGUCCUGUGGCAACAGAAGGGGCCAAAACAUCAUCCGUUCCCCCCACUGGAGCUGCACCGCCUCCCCCCGGCCCUCCUCCCCCACCUGCUCCCGCCCACUCCAGCUCUGGUGCAGACGAUUCUGCCACCCGCUCUGCGCUCUUCGCCCAGAUCAAUCGGGGAGAGGGCAUCACAUCGGGCUUAAGACAUGUUUCAGAUGAUAUGAAGACCCACAAGAAUCCAGCACUGAAGAACCAAGGAGGUCCUGUAAGAAGUGGACCCAAGCCUUUCACUUCUCCCAAGCCAGCCUGUAGUGUUAAUCCCUCCCAAAAAACCUCUUCAAAGCAACCCGCAUUGCUAGAAUUAGAAGGCAAAAAGUGGAGAGUGGAAAACCAGGAAAAUGCCACUAACCUGGUAAUCAGUGACACAGAAUUGAAGCAGGUAGCAUAUGUUUUCAAGUGCACAAAUAGCACACUCCAAAUCAAAGGCAAGAUCAACUCCAUCACCCUUGAUAACUGCAAGAAGCUAGGUCUGGUGUUUGAUGAUGUGGUGGGCAUCGUAGAGAUCAUAAACAGCAGGGACAUUAAAGUUCAGGUAAUGGGUAAAGUGCCAACGAUCUCCAUCAACAAAACAGACGGUUGCCACGUGUAUCUGAGCAAGAACUCCCUAGACUGCGAAAUCGUCAGUGCCAAGUCAUCAGAGAUGAAUGUCCUUAUUCCCACCGAGGGUGGUGACUUUACUGAAUUCCCUGUCCCAGAACAGUUCAAGACAGUGUGGAAUGGUCAGAAGCUGGUUACCACUGUGACGGAAAUUGCUGGCUAAGCAGAACAGCUCCAAGGCUCACGCCCUCCCCUGGCUCUGCUGUGGGACAAAUCUGCUUUCAGAUGAUUCUCUUAGAUUUCUUGUACCUUUCUGCUCUCAAACUGCUUUUCUACCCGAGAGACACGGCUACCUGCCAUCACUGAAAUACCUCUGGCUGGGAUUUGGUAUAGGUGGCGGGUCGGUAUUGUCCACAUCUAUUAGCAGGAAGGUUUAUUUUUCCCCUCCCUUGUCUGAUCUAACUGCACCAAUUGAUCAUGUCAGAUUUUGGGUGAACUUCAAAGCCAGUACUGGCAGUUGGCUUUCAGAGUGUUGUUCAGUUGUUUGGUUUUUUUUGUAUUGCCUUCAAGCAAAUUUAUCAUGUGAGAGAGGAGUGUUGUCCCCUUUUUAACAAAUAAUGUCCAGACAUACACGGUUGCUAUUGCAAAUAUCUGAAGAAGGUCCUGGAAGCUGCCAAUUCCAGCGCUAUAUACUAACCAGUGGCAUUACAGGACCUGGGAAUGGCUUUGUUGGACCAAAGGCUGAGGACUUGGACCAUAGCAUUCCACCCUCAUUUCCCUUUCAUCAUUCCUAUUAGCUCAGUGUGUUUCUGAUCGUGCCAUGACAGGAGGCUUUCUAUUAAUCAGUGCCACAGGAAAACUGCGGAGGAGUAACUGCAUUUUCCCCUCCAGCAGUCUCGCUGGUAAUUUGGAGCUGAGCGUCUCUUCCCAUGAGCCCUCCACCUUCUCAAGGGAGCCUUUGCUCCAGGGCUUCCUGCUCUGAGCAGCUGAACUCAGGUUCAGUCUUCCAGGACAGUUCUGAACCUGUUCCCUCCUGCAGGGGAAAGGUCUCCUUCAUUCCAGGGUCAGUAGUGCGGUAUUGUACAUUACCCAAGUGGGAUCAAGUCAGUUCAUCGCUCUCUUCCUCAUCUGCAAUCAGUCACCUUAGGUGAAUCUUCUCAAACUCCCCUUUCUCCUGUUGCUUGGCUCUUUUACUUUGGUAAAAAGAAGCUUGUAGCCUCUGUUCCAGAGCACUGGAACGGAGAGAAAUGGAACUAAGACAUAGUACUGUAUUGACCCAUAAAGGGAGCUGCACAUGCUUUGACCUUCAUUUUUCCAAUGCCUCGGGUGGCAUAAGCAUAUCUUAAAUGCAUUUCCUCUGUAAAGUGUCAAUGUUCUCUUUCUCUAGGACAAAACUUACAAAAAUAUGCAAUUUUUUAUUUUAAGACUGUCCUGUGACUUGUACUCGUCUUCUCCUGAGGCUUGUGAAAAAACCUUUCUUAUGUACGUAAGAUUAUACAGAAGAUAGAAUAAAGUUAAUGCCAACUUGCUCAUUA